CAAGGCGCGCUGUCCCAGGAGAACUCAUCUGAAGAGCUGGCCGUGAGAGACCGGGAUGCUCCUCUAACGCACCAGGGGGGCGAGUUUUCCGGAGCAGACGGUCUGUGUGGCAGAGUUUUAGCUCAAGUGGAAGUGAGUGAGUGAGUGAGUGAGUGAGUGAGUGAGUGAGUGGGUGUCAUGGAUUCGACUGCCGAGGAGCCUCCCUACCAGAACUUGCUGCUCCUGGGAGCCAUUGCAGCAGCAUCUGCCUUCGUGGUCACCAUCCUUAUUGUCCUUGUCUGCGUUGGCUGUCAAAGAAAAAGCAAGAGCAAGCACCCCCCAGCCGGAGAGAAAGGGACAUCUGUAAAUAUGCAGGGUACACUCCGGCAUCCGAAACUGAACUCCAUGAGCAAAUCUGACACCAGACUGCAUGAGAUAAAUCGCUUUCCCUGCAACGGAAACUCUGUUAGCAAGAGCCGUCCAGCCAGUAUGGACCUUCUGCUCCUCCACAGUCGGUGCUCCCAGACGGACCUGAGGCCCUCCCAUGGGCGCCAGCUUCCCCAGAUCCCCAACAGUCCCCAGGGAUCCGGCCAGGGGGAGGUGGGCCUGCGCAACAACCCCACCCCCACCUACUGCCUGGAUGAUGGCCUGUACGAAAGUGUAGGAGUCCGGGAAGGUGACAUGGGCCCCAAGGUACCCUCUGCCCCGCCGCCCACUUCAGCCAACACUCCAGCCAUAAUCAGAGCUGCCCAAAGCCCCCCAGCUCAUGUCAACGGAGCCCGCAAUGGAAACGGGCACGGAAACGGUGGCAGAGGGAAUGGCAGAGGGAAUGGAACCAUUAACAGUCCGAUGGCAGGAAGAGGUAAUGGGGCGAGCGGGGUCAAUAGGUCCCCCCUGUCUUCUGUUAACUCCCUGGCCAUUCAAGAUCCAACUGUAGCGGAGUACGCUUCCAUACGGAAGUUCAGAAAGGUUGACAAGACAAACAGGAAGGAAAAUAACGGGGCCGACAGCCAGUCAGACAGCCAGUCGAGCGUGAGUGAUUCACCCUCUGCCGCCCCUCCUCCGCUACACCGCAGUCAGGAAUUUCCACGCAAGCCGCUGGAGCCGUUUCACCUGCACUCCUUCCCAAAGGAGGCGGUGUUCAUGGGCAAUGGGGAGCAGUACAUCUGGAAGCCUCCAGAAGAUGAUGACAUCAUCACCUUGCACCCACCUCCGUCCCGCGGAGAGAACGGACAGGGGCACCCAUCUCCCCCAACUGCGAAGGAGAUUGCAGACACUUACUCCAUCGUGUGUAAAACCCAGAAGAAGAAACCUCCUAUGGAAAACAACGGAGCAAAGACCCUCCCACGCUCCUUUGGAGGGGAGAGAGGAAACGCAGGUUCCCGGGGCCGAGGCAGAGGAGUCCAGGGCCAGGCACGUUCCCAGGAGGAGCCCUGCUAUGAGCCGGUCGGAGACAGGUCCUGGCCCACAUGCGUAAUGGCCGAGUCUGACCCUGCGUACGCCACUAUCGACACCCACCGGAAACGUGAGCAGGGGGGAACCAAUAACAACACGGCUGGGGGUAAUGCCACUCUGAAGAGAAAGAAACAGCAGGCAGCACCAGCGGCACCUCAGGGCUCAGGACCCACCGCCCUGCCUGUUAGAGGCCUGCCCGGUGGGGAAAACUUCUAUGAGACCAUCAGCGAUGUGAAACAAGGGGGCAACAGCUCCAGCACCACCACCAUCUUCACCUUCAAUGACGGGAUGGAGAUGUACGUCACUGGCCUGUAGCUGGGUGACACACAGAAACGGCCCAGAACCCUCUGGUACAGAGUCAUGAAAGGGAUCUUUCUGUUCACCAGUCAGCAGGUUGCUGUACAUAGAUACAAGGCCCUCUAUAGACAAACAACAUGAGGAUCCAUUUUGUGUUGACAUCAGGUACAAACAGGGUCUUAAUCCAGGUUCAAAUUCCCCUUGAUUGGUCUGUACUUCAGAACCAGCCUAAGCCUAGUCCAGCCCAAAU